UCAAACUCUGAAGAAGGCUAAGGCUUUGUCUGCACAGAAAGAAGAGAAAAGGAAACGCAGGACAAAAUCGAAUUAGGGGUUAGGGCUUUCCUUUCUUCGUUUUGAAUUUUCCGCAUACUGAUAGUCGCUGACGCCAACCAAAUCCGGAACCCCAAGCCUCUAAUUCCUUUCACCAGCAUCGACUUCCCAUCGACGGCGGCGGCGGAGGCUAGGCAGUGACGUUUCAGGAGAAGAGGCCUCAUUUUUUAGUGCUGUGGACGGGAGAAGCAACUGCAGUUAGCUGCCCUCGCUGCCUCUGUUUUCAGAAACAAACCGAGGCGCUGGCUCGCAAGCUUUGGAUUAUUGAAUGUGAAACUUGAAGAGUCAUUUUGGGAUAAUCUAGAAGCAGUUUUAAGGAAGACGCUUGCCCUUUGUGAAAGACAGAAAUGAUUUAUACAGCAAUUGACACAUUUUAUCUGACGGACGAACAACUGAAGAACUCACCUUCAAGGAAAGAUGGCAUCGAUGAAGCCACUGAAACUACACUUAGGAUCUAUGGCUGUGACCUCAUACAAGAGAGUGGCAUAUUGCUUAAGUUACCGCAAGCUGUUAUGGCCACUGGUCAAGUCCUAUUUCAUCGUUUCUACUGCAAAAAAUCAUUUGCUCGAUUUAAUGUGAAGAGGGUUGCUGCUAGUUGCGUUUGGCUUGCUUCAAAACUUGAGGAAAGUCCUAGGAAAGCAAGGCAGGUUCUAAUUGUUUUUCACAGAAUGGAAUGUAGGAGGGAGAACUUACCUGUAGAGCAUUUGGACACAUCUUCCAAGAAAUAUGUGGAUCUGAAGGCAGAUUUGAUCAGAACAGAAAGGCAUCUUUUGAAAGAGAUGGGUUUCAUCUGCCAUGUUGAGCAUCCUCAUAAAUUUAUUUCAAAUUACUUAGCUACACUGGAAACUCCACAAGAACUAAGACAAGAAGCUUGGAAUCUUGCAAAUGACAGUUUGCGCACGACCUUGUGUGUGAGAUUUAAGAGUGAGGUUGUAGCCUGUGGUGUUGUAUAUGCUGCAGCUCGUAGAUUUCAAGUACCACUACCUGAGAAUCCUCCUUGGUGGAAAGCAUUUGAUGCAGACAAAUCUGGAAUUGAUGAGGUUUGCAGAGUUCUUGCGCAUUUGUACAGCCUUCCAAAGGCACAAUAUGUACCUGUAUGCAAGGAAGGGGGUUCCUUUGCUACAUCCAACAGAUCAUGGGAUUCACCGCAUCAGUCAAUCCCAAAGGAUGGUUCAUUGGCUGGACAAAAUGCAAAUGAAGAUCCCAGCACUGCAAAGGGUUCUUCCUCUGUGUUAAAUCAGGAAGCUGGUAAGGAUGAACUGAUUAAAGCUGCACUUGAUAAAUUGAAGGAAUCAAAGAACAGUGAUGAUGAAUCUAAAAAUGCAAUUAAUGGUGGAGAGUCAAGAGAAGAGCCCGACUCAAAAUUAAUGUCGGAUAAUAAAACGGAGACCAGUGGAGAAAGGAUCAAGGAGAGGGAGAGAGACAGGGGAGCAGAGACCAUGAAAGAGGGCGGGAGUCUGACAGGGAACGAGGACGGGAAGACACUGAAAGGGACAGAGAUAAAGUCAAGGAAAGAGGUCAUCGUUCGAGGGACAAAGGAAAAGAUACUGGACGCACAGAGAAAUCCAAACAUCAUUCUUCUCGAGAUCGUGGCUACCACAGCUCUUCUUACUCAUCAAGGGAGAAAGAUCGGCGCAAACAUCAUUCAUAUGCCUGAACUGAUAAGGAAGUUACUUCGUUCUUUCUGAGCUAUGUUGUUCUGCUCCAUGAGCAUCAGUCGCAGGUUGCACGGUUCAAUAUCAGAAAAAAGGGUUAACCACCUUAAGAAAAAGCAAAUAGUUGUUUAAUUACGAAGUAUGUUCCUCAAGAUUACUGGAUGUAUUCUUUCAUGAUUUAAGUUGAGCUCUCUGUCUUCACUUGAGGGUUCCUCAAGUGUGGAUGAAAUCUUGAUACAGAUGCUUAGAUGCUCUUAGUCAUGAUUUAAGUUGAGUUCUAUGUUUCCACUUGCGGUUCGCUUCUUCCUUGUGUGAUAGUGACCACGGUGAAGUUGUUUUAAUAGUUCUGGGGCAUAGACAUGGCUGUUGGAUGUUGAUGCAUCUGGCUGGUCCUGACAAAUAUGGAAAUGCUGCAAGUGAGAUUGGUUUUGUUGACUGUAUAACUCGAUGCAUAGACUUGAAACAAACCUAAAUGGAUGUUUAGGAUUUGUUCUUUUAAAUAUGGAACAUUAUAGUAGCCAACCAGCAACACUGACAGUUAUGGCGUAUUCUCAUGUGGAUCUUGGUUCUGUGCCUGAUUGUAUUGUGAACGCACGUGUCUGAUUAAUUCUCUGGUGGAUCAGAUAAAUGGUCUGUGGUUGUUUUA